CACCCAUAUAUCAUAUGAUGAACCCAACCCACCCACCAACUGAACUUAAGUGGUUAGUAGGAAGAGUAUAUGUAGGUAUCCACAACAGGUAACAAGAAUGGUCAUUUCUGCCAUUUCACCCUCCCAACUCCUCUCAUCAUUAAUAAACAAACAGAAGAUUCAUUUAAAACCUCUCUUAUUAAUCACAACCCCCCAAAGAAAAAAAGGAGAAAAGAAAAAUGUCAACCACCGCCACCGCUGCCGCCGCCACCACCACCACCUCUGGCAUCAACGACGCCUUGCGUGACGACGAGCUUCGCGCCGUUUUAUCGAAAUUGGAAGAUGUAAAGGACAAGGAAAACUUCGGGCUGGUUUGUAAGCGCUGGCUUCACUUGCAGAGCACCGCCCGGACCAAGCUUUGUGCCCGGGCUGGACCCCACAUGCUCGCUCGUAUGGCAUCCCGCUUCCCUCGUUUGCUCCACCUCGAUCUCUCUCAGUCCUCUUCCCGCUCUUUUUACCCCGGCGUUACUGACUCUGACCUUUGCGUUAUCGCCGCCGCUUUCCCCUCCUUGAGAAUCCUCUCCCUCCAGAACUGCAAAGGUAUUACUGAUGCGGGACUAAAAGCCAUUGCUGCCGGUCUACCCUAUUUGCAGUCUUUAGAUGUGUCCUACUGCAGGAAGUUAACCGACAAGGGAUUGUCUGCCAUUGCUCAGGGUUGCCAUGAUCUGAGAAUCUUGCAUCUGGCUGGCUGUAGAUUUGUUACAGAUGUAUUGUUAAGAGCUCUUUCUGCAAACUGUAAAAAUUUGGAAGAAUUGGGUUUGCAAGGAUGCUCAAGUAUAACUGACUCAGGUCUCGCUGUACUAGUAGAAGGUUGCUGGAGAUUGAACAAUCUAGACGUCAACAAGUGCAGCAAUGUUGGUGAUGUGGGAAUAUCCAGUGUGUCCAAGGCCUGCUCUUCCUCGCUUAAGACAUUGAAGUUGUUAGACUGCUACAAAGUUGGUGACGAAUCAAUAUUAUCUUUGGCCGAGUAUUGCAAAAAUCUCGAGACUUUGGUAAUAGGUGGUUGCCGGGAUGUUUCAGAUGAACCCCUCAUGCAACUGGCUGCUGCUUGUGGUAAUAGUCUUAAAAAUCUUCGUAUGGAUUGGUGUCUCAAUGUUUCUGAUUCCUCCUUGGAUUGUUUACUUCGGCAAUGCAAGAAGCUCGAGUUUCUUGAUAUAGGUUGCUGUGAAGAGGUGACAGACGCUGCGUUCAGUGGACUUGGAAGUGGACUUUUCAAUCUUCCGAUGAAGAUUUUGAAGGUCAGUAACUGUCCCAAGAUCACUGUUUUAGGGAUUGGGAAUUUGUUAAAGUCAUGCAACUCGCUUGAGUAUCUUGAUUUGCGAUCUUGCCCUCAUGCUACCAAAGCUGCUUGCGACGAGGCUGGAUUGCAAUUUCCAGCAUGUUGCAAAGUUAAUUUCACAGGGAGUUUAACUGAACCAGGUGUGUUAAUCUAGAUUUAAUACUCUUCGGUAAUUCCGAUAUAUUAUUGGUCUUCAGUUUGCAAAUAUGUGGAGAAGAAAAUCAGGUAAUUCUGCUGUUAUUAUUCUUCACCAGAAGUUUCAUUUGGUUUCUGGUGACUUUCAAACCCAUGGGUUUUGGCGCCCUCAUUUUUUUCCUUUUUCUCUGUAAUUAUCCAUCAUCCAAGCUGAAUGUAUAUUAGUGUGUAAUAUGGAUUCACUUUAUUACUUGUACUGAUUUUUUCUGGUUUGUCCAUAUUCAUGAUUUCUUCUGAAUGUUGAACGUCAAGGCUGACUCAUGCAAUUUUUGACAAGGUGUUGGUAUCUUUAGUAAUAUGGUAGUCUCUCUGUCCCACAAAACUGAGUUCCCUCCAUACUGAGAUCUGCUCCCAGAAUUUUGAAACACAAUGAAUGGUUUUGAAAGGUAUAAACAGUAUUUUGCAGCAUAAGAAUGAAUAGAAACCGAAAGAACAUCAUGCUGGCAGUUUUGUCUCAGGAAGAGAAUUAUGCACCAUUACUUUAGUCAUCUUGGAAUUUUAGAUUUUGGCAGUUAAGACAUAACUCUUUCCAGCGACCCUUUCGCUUGAAGGCAAGAAUCCAUGGCCUUCGGCAAUCGCCAGUGCUACCAGCCCUAGUUGUGUUGAGAGCAUUCUCAAGAGUAGAGAACUGGUCAUAUAAAAGUAGCAUGCAUCUACUCAGAUUUAGUUCUGAUCCUAUACCCAGCUGAGUUUUAGACCAAAGUUCCUGCAAUGAGGAGCCGCCUCCAAACAUAGUUACAAGCACAACCCACGAUUUGAGAGUCAUCCUACUUAUGAGUCUUGAGUUACAUCCACCAUUGGCUUCCACUCAUAACAAUCUAGAACCUUGCUGCUUGAGUUCAGCCAAGCAAUGAUGAGAAAUGAAGAUUCCAUGGGAAGAGCGGUUCCCAUUUCGAUAGUAUUUUUCAUGCUGUUGGAAGCUUGUUUGUAAAUGAGUUUCUGAGAAUUCUCUUGCGGGAAGGAGCUGUUGGGUGUGUGGAGUAUACUGAAAUAGAUACGACACUGUUGUUUUCAUAAAAGGAAACUAGCGUCAUGUCACUUUGGUGCUUUGCUCCAGGAACAUUAGUCAACACCAGUCCCGAAGUGCUUUGGCGCAUCUACUAAUCUAGAGAAUACUAACUCUGAUUCCCUGUUAUUCCGUUUUCACCAAUCUUCUACGAAGAAGAACACGAGUUGAAUGGACCUAAGAGGGACUUCGUAACAGAGACGAGAAAUGUAGCACCAUCUAUAUUGAAGUUGAACCAUUUGUCAAAGCAGCUUUGGCAUCCGCUUUUGUGUAAACUGGAUGUUGUGCUCCACGACCUCGAUUGCAGUCUUCAAUGGCUCUUGGUAUAGCUUACUAGUAUCUUUUAUAAGAGGCAAAGGAAGUGCUCCUUUUGUUUCAUAGUAUAAUUAUUAUUUAGUUUAGAUUUUUAAUUUUAAUACAAUUUGAGCUAAACUGAAAAAUCCAAACU